AUGUUUACGGGAACAGUUAAAGUUAAAAUAUGUGAAGCUUCUGGGCUGCGAGCUACGGAUAAACAUAGAAAAUUCUGGCAGGACGCACCUCCUAUAAUAGAUCCUUACGUGCUUCUUGACGUCGACCAAAAUCGUCUUAAUCGAACGUCUAUUAAGGCCAAAACAUUCGAUCCAGUUUGGAAUGAAGCAUUCACCCAUGAUGUCCAAGCUGCAGUUAUGUUAGGACUUACUGUCUUCCAUGAUGCUGCUUUACCACCUGAUGACUUUGUUGCUAAUUGUAGAAUUCCUUUUGAAGAACUUGUCCGUCGUGAAGAUGAAACUGCUGAUUUUUGGGUUGAUCUCGAGCCUCAUGGAAAACUACGCAUAAAAAUUGAUCUAAAAUGGAGUAAUCAAGAUCAACAACCAGGAUGUAGUAGUGGAGAAGCAGAUGGUACUGGAUCAGUAAGUGGAAAUGUUGGAAGUAGUGCUGUCACAGGAGAUAUGGAACCACGUGGAUUUAAAGAACGUCAAGGAUUUAAUAGACGAAGGGGGGCUAUGCGUCGCAGAGUACAUCAAGUUAAUGGGCAUAAAUUUAUGGCAACAUUCUUGAGACAACCAACAUUUUGUUCUCACUGUCGUGAUUUUAUUUGGGGCGUCGGAAAGCAAGGUUAUCAGUGUCAAGUAUGUACGUGCGUUGUUCAUAAAAGGUGUCACAAAUUAGUUGUUACAAAAUGUCCUGGUAUGAGAGACGAGGAAAUGGAAACUGUGUUGCAGUCGAAUGAAAGUAUACAAGGGCAACGGUUCAGCGUCAAUAUUCCUCAUCGCUUUGAAGUACAUACAUUUAAACGUUUUACAUUCUGCGAUCACUGUGGUUCGCUUCUUUAUGGUUUAAUAAAGCAAGGUCUUCAAUGUCAAGUAUGUGACCUAAAUGUACACAAACGAUGUCAAAAGAAUGUGGCUAAUAACUGCGGUAUCGAUACAAAGGCAAUGGCUGAGAUUUUAAGUACUUUAAACAUUUCACCGGAACAGCAAUCAAAGUCUCGAAUAAAUUACAAGCCUUCAAGCUCAUCUGGUGGAUCAUCUCAAAGUCCAUCAGGAAAUGAUGCUAUGAAUUUUGAUACUGAAUUUACAAAAGAGGAGCCAGUACUUACACCAGUUCAUCAAUCAGUACUACAAUCAGUAAAUCAAGAUGAAUUUAGAGGAUUUUCAUUCGUCAAUAGAGAUUUUAAUACCAGCAAAUUAGGCACGUCUUAA